CUUGACAAUAGAACAAGCCAGAACGUCAUACCCCGUUAUCACUUUGAUAACCUAUCAUCGUUCAAUCCGUGUGUUUAUCGCUUGAUAAUCAUACAUAUAUUGCGGUGACAACUAAACGUACCAUACAUUAUAUCCGGGAGUCAAAUCAUCGAGCCACCAGAACUACCACAAUGCGCAUGCUCGUGAUCCUGCUUGGCCUUCUUGGCUCCUCCUUCCAGCAGUCAUGUGACCCGACGGUCUGCACCGUAGAAAACAAUUGCCGUUGCUACAACGACCCAAAGCCGCCCGGUGAUCUCACGAACAGCGAGAUCCCACAGAUCGUCAUGCUGUCAUUCGAGGGCACAAUCAACACGGAUAGCAACGAAUACUACAAUCAGAUCUUGGCCGCCAGCAACCCCAACAGCUGUCCAAUCACCGCCACCUUCUUCAUACAGGACGACGGCAGCGACUACAAACUCGUCAAGAACAUGUACGACAAAGGGUGUGAACUGGGAGUCAACUCACUGAAAGGAACAGCUCCAAAAAGUUCUACUGGAUGGAUUGAUGACAUUAAAGCUGUUGUGCAAUCUCUCACCGAUGUCGGAGUGAAGCCUGAAGAUAUCCAGGGAAUCCGGGUUCCACAACUCGAAGUCGGCGGAACCGAUCAGUUCAUUGGAAUGGAAAAAAACGGUUUGGUGUACGAUACCUCGUGCGCAAUUGAAAGUCUUUCUCAGAAAACCACACUCAUUUGGCCCUAUACACUGGAUUAUACAACUGUUCCUAAAUGUGACCAUGGGGAAACACCCGAUAAGCCCUUUAAAGAAGUGCCACUGUGUAUUACAGGAGUGUGGGAGUUUCUGAUUGCCGAUUACCACGAUCUGUCUGGCCAAGGUCUGCCAUGCGUGGUACCAUCCGCCUGCAGAAAUAUCACCGACAAGAGAGCCGCAUUCGAUCUCUUCUUUAACUCAUUCACGGACCAUUACAACGGAGGAAGAACGCCUUUCAAUAUGCUGAUUGACCCGGCUUUUGCCGCCAAUCAGGACCUGAGAGACGGAACUAUUGAGUUUCUGCAGUACAUCCGAGCAGCGUUCGGGAGUGACGUAUGGAUUGUGUCCAUCCAGAAGGCCCUACAGUGGAUCCAGGACCCAACUCCUCUAGCCAACCUUACGACCUUUGCACCCUGGUCUUGCUAAAAACCAUUGAAGGGGCAUUGUUAUAUUGAGGAAUUGUUAUUCAAUGAGAAACUAUUUCAACGAAAUGUGUGAACAUUAUGAUUGUUGUUCUGUAAUUUCCACAGUAUCUACUGGGCAUUCAGACUUAUGAUAAAUUUCAGGAUGCACGGAUGAAUAGUGCCAAGCAGAUUUUCUCUCUCUUCAAAAUGCUAUGUUAAAAGCUUGCUACACUUUUGAUAACUUUCGGAGUUCAAAUAAACAACACUACUAAUAAAAU